AUGGCUGGCUGGAUUGACGUGUUGUCUUUGAUAGUUACCCUCUCCUUGAUUGCCGCGGUUGUGUUGGGAAUCAUCUAUGUUAUGCGAGCUAUGUCCAGCGUGGUUGAGUCAACGAAAGAGUCGCUCAAAACCAAGGGCGUUGACUUGUCUAAGGGCGGCAUGUCAGUGAAGACUCACGGCCGGUACAACCGCGAAGAUUACCUUGACGCCACGCAACGACACUUAAUGAAAGCACUGCAUACAUCCAAAUUUGGGGCAUCUGCCAAGGGCACCGAGGGCCGGACAAUCUCCUCGCAUUCUUCGGACUCGGAUUCACUGAUCGAGAAGAAAAAGAAUGGAGUGCCAGUAAAGACGACGUAA